GUUGCAGUCCAGGCCCUGAGCUGGAAGGGGCCGGAGCCAUGCGCAGGGUCAACAGCAGCCUGUCUAGUGAUGACCUUCUUCUGGAGGAUUUGGAGACAGAAGGAGAGCGGCAGCUGAAGAGCCUCCUUCACCAUCAGCUUGAGACUGCUGUUUCCAUUGAACAGUGCGUGUCCAAGCGGCGAUGCUUUGCCCCAGCCGCGCUUUACAAGCCCUUUGGAGAGGAGGCAGCAGGGACUCUGACCUUAUCGCAAUUCCAGGCCCUGCAGGAGAGUGAGCAAGAAACAGCCUCUCUUCGGGAACUGGGGCUCUCGGACUCCGAGAUCCUACUCUGGAAGAACCAUGCGGCAGCCGAUAAGGGCUCCGGGCUGGGGGCAGCCCCGGAAGCCACGCAGGAACGGCUGCGGGCCAUCCAGGAGAAGAUCGCAGAGCACCAGCGCAUCCUGUCCCUGCCGCAGAGAUUUGCUGGCAGCAAACAGCUGAGCCGGCGGGAGAUGGAGAUUGAGAACGCGCUCUUCCAGGGGACGGACCGUCACUCCUUCUUGCGGGCGCUCUACCAUCAAGACGAAGCUCAGAAGCGGAUGGUGAAUGAGAAGGACCCCAUAGGUCACUUGGAGAGUGUCUGUCAAGAGAUGCUGAAAAAGCCAUUGCCCAGGGAAUCCGAGUCUGCAAGAAGUGAUCCAGGCUUACCUUGUUUCCCGGCCCCAAAUGGUGCUCUCGUAAAGGAUACCACCCAGCUUCCAGACCAGGGAGAGCAGACAGAAGAAGAUGGAGGUCCCAGUCUCCCCAGGGUGAAACCACCGGAGUCUGUGGCCCAGCGACCCACCCAAGGGCCUGCAACUGUAAAGGAGCCUGUAGAGUUCAUCCCAGAAGAGGAGAUCCGCAAGAAUCGUCUCUCGGAGGAGGAGAUCAGGAGCAUCUCCCGGUUCUCCUCCUACAAGCCAGGAGAGCCAAGCAAGGUGCUGUAUCUGAAGAACCUGAGUGCCCGGGUGACGGUGAAAGACCUGCUCUCGCUGUUUGCUCGGUUCCAGGAGAAGGACGGCCCACCGAUCCAGUUCCGCCUGCUGAGUGGCCGCAUGAGGGGCCAGGCCUUCAUUACCUUUCCCAGCAUCGAGAUUGCCCGGGAAGCCAUGCUGCUGGUGAACGGCUACAGCUUGCUGGGGAAGACGCUGGUGAUAGAGUUUGGGAAAAGCAAGGAGCAGGCGUCAAGUGUUGCCUCUGCCUCCCCCAGCUUGUGCGCCACAGACCGUGCAGAGAAACCCACUACUAGCUAGAGGACAAGUAAUCCGUGAGGCGUGCGUGGAACAUGAUGCUGCAUUACUCGGCUGUUGGGACAGUCUCCGUAAGUCUCGGAGUCUGAGCUCCGCACUCAGAUAGCUGAAUCCCAGUGUAGGCUAGAGGAGUCCCGGGAGCUCGGUUCUUUCCGGUGAGGCCCAGAUGAAAGCUAGAAAUCACCUCACUCCACGUGAGCAGAGGUGACCCUUGGGAUGACAGGAACAGAGGCCACCUCUCCCGGCCUGCGGCAGAGGGGAUGCUGCGCCGAGUGGCUUGAUGACAGACACUCUGGUUGGAGGGAGCCUGAGGAUCUUAAAUUGCUGUGUGUUUGAACACUCCUCCCGGGCAGCGUGCGCCGAGGCAUGAGGCCUGUGCUGUGUUCCAUUCUGUGUGGAUUUUAAUCACACAACUUUAUGCUGUUUGGACAGGACACCAGCUGGCCAUCUCCUCUGUCGCACAUGAUGGCGUUUCCCUCCUGUUUUCUCUCUGUUGUGGUGACCUGUAAGGGGAGCGAAUAUGUGAAUAAAUGUGUUCCAGUUCUAUUUGCUUCGUGCGUGUCU